AUGUUCUUUGGGCGCACUUCGUUAGAAGUUGGUGUCUCGUCCAUCUAUCAGCAGCGUCUGGACAGUAAGGCAGACCGAAACCAUGUAGCACUGCUAUAUGAUAAGAAAACUGAGUGUCUAUUAGCCUACGAGUACCUCCAGCUUGCUGCCGAUCCAGCAGUAUACAUGAAAGGUGCAGAUAUGACAUUAAAAGAAACACCAUUAAAGAUACUAUCUCCUAAUUAUGGUGCCACAGCACCAGUGAUGCACAGCCAUCACCUUUGUCAAAUGUCCAGAAGCAGGCUACCUCUCAAAAUGGUGGUAUCGGAUGUUGUUCACAGAGACUUCGGUGCUCUGCAACAGCCAUCAUCCACUCCCUCACGUUUCAGCAUAACACCAAAGAAAAGGAGCAGUCCUUAUGACUACUACAAGAAUGUGGUACACAGACGUAGUCAUACUCCAAGGAAUCAUCCUAUAGUGGAGGAAAUGCAAAAGAAAUUUAAUUCAAUGUAUGGGCAUCAUUUCCAAAAUGCGACAUCAGAUACUUCUUGUGCUUCCACAUCUCUUGCACAUGAGUCUCCAAUGGAAACAGAUAGUACUGAACAAGAAAGCAGCAUACCAAAAUUUAGUAACUUCUACAAGGAAUUUUUGCAAAAACAGCAGUCAACACCUGAAGAAAUGAAAAUCUCAGAUUCUCAUCUAUAUUGUAAUACUGACAAGUAUACUUUAGAAGAAAAUGAAAUUGAAAAUGAUGAAAGGAAGAAGGAUGGUACAAACAAAGGACAUGGACACUUCAUGCUGGCAGAGAAUUUUCUACACACAAUUGAAGAAAGACAGUCAGUAAGCAAUAAAGAAAAUGAAUCGCCACCAGAAUAUUCAAAAACUAAAUCUGACGAUGAAUGUUCAUCAAGUUCAAGUCAAGAGUACUGCUCACAGAAUGACAAUUUUUGCUUUAGUCCAUUGUUAGAAGGAAAGGAGGAUGGAGUGACUCCCAGCAGAGAUAAAAUGACACCUAAAACCUGGACGGUCAAGCAUAAUUCUCCAACUGCUGAUAGCAAACGAACAGCUGGCGGUAAAAUUGAUGUUCUCAGUGAAAGCCCUGCCUCAGAUACAUCAGAAGAGGACAGUAAUAUUUGGUUUGCUGAUGAAGACCACGAUGAAGAUUUAAAUUAG